AUGAGAUUUGCUAUUGAGGACUUGGUUUUUAAGCUCUUUGGAGAGGGACCUUCUGUGAGUAAGACUCCUACGCAGACACCUUCACCUAGUCCUUCCAUCACAGCUCCUACACACAAUAAGGUGAAAGAACAUAUACAGAGAGACAUGGAUGGCAUGGGCCUUGGAAACUAUAUGGAAAAUGCGGAAGACGAUGUCCCUACAGCAAGCAGGUCAAUCUCCCACGAUUCAGAUGUCGUAGCAAAGAACACCAUGAGAUUAGACGCACCUAUGACUAGUACAAUGAGAUCAGAUGCACCCGCUUUUCGCCCGACAUUCAGUGCACCACCAUCUGAACAGUACUUAUCAACAAUGCAGGCUCCUACACGCAGGCGAGACCCCUCUCCAACGAGCGAGCCAGACAUCGCAGACUACUAUGAUCCGGAAAUGUUUCAAACCAGACGCAUGACUCGAUCAAUGUCUAUAAUGGGAGAAAACCUCCAAAACUCCAACAAACUUGAUCCACCACCAAAACCACCGGAUUGUAGCACUCUAAAUGGUGGAAAAUCAUCACCAACAACCACCCAAACAUCUCCUAUAACACCAAUAUCAGAUUCAUCCCCCAACUCAAUAGAUCUGAGUUUGAAAAAUCAUGGCACGAAUUCCAAGACAGUGCUCAACCAGGGCCGAAAGACCUAUGCUACUGCAGUUUCUGGCCUGUCUCAAGCUGAACGGAGUUCACGAAAGUCGUUUGCAUCGGUUAUACAGGGUAUAGAUGACUCUUCCACUGCUGGGUUUGCUGCUAAAGAAGCCUUUAUACAUAUGGGUGAGUCGGCAAUAGUUUUGACUGAGUCCGAGGAGGCUACACUCGCUGAUCCUUACAAGUAUACACUUGUGGGGAAAUUUCCACAUCGCAAGCCAACCAUGAGGAAGGUACGUGAGAUUUUUUCUAAGUUUGGGUUCCAUGGUUGUUUCGAGGUGGGAUUGAUCGACACAACACACAUUCUUAUACACCUUACACAUGAGGAGGAUCACAGCAGGCUUUUUCUUAAACCAUCAUGGUAUAUUGAUGGUUGUCCGAUGAGAGUCCUUAAGUGGACAUGUGACUUUACACCUGAGCAAGAGACUCCGAUAGUUCCCGUAUGGGUAUCGUUCCCUCUGCUUCCAGUACAUUUACGUGCGAAGGGGUUCCUUUUCGCCUUAUCUAGGGUAAUAGGAAUGCCCUUGAGAAUUGAUGAGGCCACCACCGACUUGAGACGACCUAGUGAGCCAAGGGUGUGCAUUGAGGUGAACUUGGGGCAUAAGUUGCCCGACAGGGUUUGGAUUGAGCGUGCUGGUAACCGUGGCUUCUGGCAGACAGUUAUCUAUGAGAAGCGGCCAAUUUUUUGCUUCUCUUGUAAACACUUGGGUCAUUCUUAUGAUCAGUGUGCUACGGUUCCUCCUCCUCCUCCUCCUGCAGUUGUUGCGCACCCCCCUGUUCGGCCCCCUAUUACUAGGACUGAUAAGGAUAAGGGCAAGGUGACGUUUGUGGAGCCAAAGAAGCAGUGGGUUCCAGUUUCAGUAGUGCCUUCUGUGCUUCCUACUGCUACUACCGCAAUUGUGACAGAGUCAGAAUCUACAUCGACAGUUCCUACUUCUAUCCCUAUCACAGUUGAUCCAGAGGUACCUCUAUUUAUUCAUUCAGUUGCUGAGCCUACUCCGAAUGCUCCUAUCGAGGUGCCCAUUUCUCCUAUUAUUACUUCCAUAGCUCCUAUGCCCACUGCUACUACUGAGGCACCCCCUGACCCGACACAGAUCAAUUCUCCACCACUGAAGACACGUACGGAUGGUUCUCAGUCAGCAUAG